UCCUUCCCCUACUCCCUCCCUCCGUUCUCUCACUCUCUCUCUCCUAUUAUCUCUCCCCUGCCUCCAUCUGGACUGAGGUUUUUAGCGCUUGCUAAAGCAGCCCUUUCUGCUGAGGAACUGCGAAGGCUAGUUCUGAUGCAUUCUGCUCAAAGAAAAAGGAUAUAGACUCAUGUACACUGUGAUCUGAUCUGAAAAUGAGACGCAAAGCUCACAAAUGGAUCAAUACUGACAGAAAAUUACUGUCUGAUUCUGGAAGGAAAACUUAGGGUCUUUCACAUUCUCUGGGCUCCAACACGCAGUGGAUUUACUAAACACAAGAAAAAGCCAAAUAUAACAUGAAAAAAAUAUAUAUUGGGAAAACUGCACUAAAAGCUUCUCGAAAUGGUUGUAAACUUCAGAAAAGAAGUUCAUUGCAGGAGCAGAAGGACGACCUACGGAAGCAGCUGUCCUAUACCACUCAUAAGCUGGAGAUGCUGGAGACCGAGUUUGACGCCACCAAGCAGUACCUGGAGACAGAACUAAGAAGGGCACAGGAGGAACUGGAGAAAUUCACUGACAAGCUACGCAGGAUACAGAGCAGCUAUGCAGCACUGCAGAGAAUAAACCAAGAAUUAGAGGAGAAGUUUAAAGAAAAGAUACAGCAAUAUGAAGAGGAGAAAAGGACACUUAGUCGAGAGAUCAUCGUACUCAACAAUCAUUUAAUGGAGGCCAAGAUCACUAUUAAAAAGCUAAGAGAAGACAAUGACCUGUACAAGAAGGACUGCAACAGUGUAGCUCAACUCUUGCACUGUGGAAAAUCCCUUUACAGAGCCAAGAUGCAGUCCAAGCUGCCCACUGAGUUCCAAGAUAAGGCAAGUUCUCACCUGGAGAAUCAUGGGCAUGGGAGCAGCAAGGGCCUUUUCCACUCACCCUAUUCGGAUGCUGCGUCUACAGUCAUUACCAAAUUAGAGGAGAAGCCUGGGCCAGGGAGUAGCUGCCCAGUCACCCGCUCACCUAGUCCUCAGCCUCAAGACCCAAACUUUCUGACAAACACUGAAAUGAAGAGUGUUGAUACUCUCCAACACCAUGUUGUAUACAAAUCUUCUGACCUGUACCGCAGUGACACAGCAUUAUAUUGUCCCAUGGAUGAAAGGCGACAGGAUCGUUGGCAGGAGCGUCGAAAGAGUGUAGACCUCCAAGGCAGGAACACCACCACUCUCCAGACCCGGAACUCUACAGAUAGCAACCUGAAGGAUUAUACCUUCCACUCCCACUACAAUGAUGUGGCGCUCCAUGAAGGGUCCACACCAGGCUCUAGCUCUUACUCUAGCUUUAGUGUGGCUUCAGAUGAGAAAGGUCUUGCUCCCAGCACCCUUUCCUCAUCUCACUUGGCUCUGUACAUGGACUGGAGGGAUGGUGAUUACGAGUCUAAAAGCACAUCUUCAUAUGACAAAGACAGCCAAGGAUUUCCAAAGUCACACAGCUUCCAACACAUGACCUCCAGCCCACUAAAGGGCAACCCCCCAGUCUACAUGCGGACAUCUUCGUGCUACAGCGAGCCAUACCAUUCACCAGGGCUCACUUCCUCCCACAGCAUGUGCACUUCAGGAGUUCCAAAAGACAGCUGCAGCAGCAUUCAUAUUCCUGAGGAGGAGCUAAUAGGCCCUUGGAGGCAUCUGAGUGUGGAGGAUAUCAAUAGCUUUUCGUAUCUCAAUCCUGGACGCGUUUCUCCUUACAGCUUCUCUGAGCAGCACUUUGCGAUCGGCCAUUCAAAAAUCAAACUAGGACCCCUCUACGGCAGUGGCCAGGAAGGAGACAACACCUUCCACACAGGUAUGCCAGAUUCCUGCUUCUCCAACUCUCCUGGCUCUAGCAUGGCAACAAGCCCUAAGCACAGUCUGGGUUUGUGUAAGACUGAAAAAGGACCAAUGUACCAGUCAAAUAACAGCAUCCAGGAGUCUAAGAGCAGCCUCUUCAUUGCAGGAGUCUCAAAAGACAAUGGAAGCACUGUGGGAAAUGUGAAUAAAGAAUAUGUGGACGUAAGCCCCAAUAGCUCAGCAGACUCACUGCACCAAAGUCCAAUGGGUGCUUCCAAUAUACGGCACUACAAGCUUCAAAGUCCAGGGGCACAGAUGAAGACUUCUCCACAGCAUCAAAAAUUCAGUACAGGACUCAGCAGAAAGGACAGUCUCACCAAAGCUCAGCUGUAUGGAACACUGCUUAACUGAGUCAUAGCUGAACCCUCCACCCUCACCGAAACAUUUGAAAUACCUCAUUCCAAAGUCAUUAUACAUAAGUAUACUUUCAUUAAUAUUUUAGAAUAGGGCUUUAAGUUCAUAUAUAUACUUGCACAGUAUUUACAGGCUCAAGACACAUUCUGCUGCAGUUAAGAUACUAGCACACCAAUGCCAAGGAACCCUUUAGUUAUAAAAAUCAUGUCUAACUGCAGCGCAGCAGAAACUGUAGAGCAGCAAUGUUUUGUGUGGGUUACGUUAUCUAAACAUAGGGUGAAGGCCUCUGCUUUAAAACUAUGUCUUGAAAUAUGUGCAUGGAGCAAAUUUCAAAGAUAUUUCAUUUUAUAGUCUUUUUUUUUUUUGGUUUUCUGUUCCUUAACAUGAAUGAAGAGAAGUCUAUAAAAAUCCUUGUUAAUCCUAAUGAAAAACUUUCAGACUGUUUACAAAUGCAUUCACCGUAUCUCUGUGUAGAGAAUAAAUAAUGACAGAAAAAACAUUUCCCCCAGUAUCCCUAAAAAAAUUUGAUUCAUGCUAUUUGCUUUAUCUUGGUAUUCAUUAGUUUCUUAUUAUUUAUUGAUUAUCUGCGUAUUGUUAACAUUUAUAAUUUGCUGUAUUUAGCUUGAUCUACUAUGAAGGAGUUGUAGGAGAGAGCAUGAGCUUUUAUCUGCUUCACCCUACAACUAAUUAAUAGUUGGUUGUAAUAUAAUUAUAUGCAACACUCAUAAGUUAAGUAAAGACUUAUCUUGUGGAAAGAAAGUCCAAAAUUUUGCAGAAACUGAUUAGCCCAGCAGGUAUGUAAAAUGGAUUGUGUAGUCCUUCCAAAGACAAAUCCUCCAUUUUAUUCCUACUUUGGCAUCGGAUACACUGUGAACUCAUAUGCCAAUAUAUUAGGCACACCUAUCCUAUCGGUAUACUCACUGGCCAUUUUUUCAUCUAAGGCUAGCUGUAUUUUUGCUACAUUUAUACAUAUACAGUAUAAGGCCAUGUUUACGUCUGAACAAAUAAACAUUUUGAUGUACUAGAGGAGCUUCCGGCGAACAUUGCUGAGUUUUUUUGAGGCAUAUUUUUGCCAUACACUAUAUGGCGAAACGUUUGUGGACAUCUGACCAUAUGUAAGUCUUUCCUAAAUUGUUGCAACAAAGUUCGAAGCAUACAUUUGCAUAUAGUGUCUUUGUAUAUUGUAGCAUUAAUAAUUUCCUGUCUCUGGAACCAAGAUUCCUAAGUCUGUUCCAGCAUGUCCUAUACAAAACCCUGCCCUCAACCACACACACUUUGGGAUGAACUGGGACAACAACUGCACCCCAGACCUCCUCAACCAACAUUAAUCCCUGAUCUCAUUAAAGACCUUGUGGCUGAAUAAACACAAAUCUCCACAGUCAUGGUCUAAAAUCUAGUGAAAAUCCUUUCCCAAGACAGUUUGGGAAGAGAGUAUAGUCUAAGGACUAAAUCUGGAAUAGGAUGCACAAAAAGCACAUAUGGGUAUGAGGAGGUGUCCACAAGGACCUACAAGGUAAUAUUAUAUAAAUAUUCAUAAGUAGAACAGCAGGUGUGGUUGAGCAUCAGCUGUGGACGGAUAAGGCGAAAGGGCCAGUAGGUAGUAUUGGAAGGUGGCGACCGCCCACUUGACAACCAGACACCCCUACUUAUACUGCCCCAGAGUACACCAAGCAACACCUCCAUAUCCAUAAACAGAAGAUGGCCAGUGAUGGUUUGAUUUACCAAGAACUCUGGACAUGACCACACCCUGUAGCUGCUGCCAUGCUAAUAUUUACCAAUUACUAGCAAAAAGUUGACACAAAACCUGAAUUAUCUAUAAUUUAAUAUAGUUUUUAAUUGAUCAUUAUUACUUUAUGCCGAUACUGAAUUUACGAUUGAUGCUAUAAUUGACUAGACAGAUAUGGAUUAUUUUUGACUGACUGCAAAUCAAGUAUUUUAUUGUAUGGAAAUACGGUGUUAUUGUUAGUAUUGGUAUUUAAAUUUCUUCUUUAUGCUGACAAUUACAGUUAAUCCAAUGGCCAGUGAACGUAGGCUCAAGGUCGACAUACACUGGCAACUGUGUGUAUGCUACAGUAGCUGAGAUAUUUUUAGUUGGUUUUGACAUCAUCUCUGUUCUUACUCAAUGUUAGAAAACUUAUUCACCUGUUUAUGUUCAACACAGCUUUCCUUACCUGUUGUAAUUUCCCAGUCCUGUUCUACCUCAGAUAUGUCAGUUGUUUGCUUGAUGCAUGGUUUUAAUCCUUUCUGAUGUGCUUGUUUAUGAAAUAAACACAAAUUAGGAACAUACUUUUGUUUAAU